AUGAUCAGUGUGCUGAUAAGUUUUUCAGUGAAUACGAAAUGUCAAAUACGAUUCAAUUUGAACAAAGCCGAUUGGCUAGGUGAUAAAAUACGGGAGAUAUUUCGGAAGCGAUUUGCACGUCUGGUAAAUAAGCGGUGCGAUGUAAUAAUUUCGUCUGAUAAAGCAAGAACCCAGAGUGAAAAUCAAGAGGAUUGUUUCAAACGCCUGGAAAGCAUGCUAUGGGACUGUAACAAAGAGCUUCUGAACAACAAACCUCCCACAAAACAAGAUGAGCAUAUCAUGGAUGAGAGGGCAAGGAAAUCAGCUCAGCGAAGGCUGCGGGCGAAACGGGUGCAGUCGGAGAAGAAGAAAAAUCGAGAUCCAUACGAAGUGAUUUGA